CCUAAUAUCUGCCUCUGAGCGUUGUACUUCCUGUUUCCCAAGCUAUGAAUAUUGUGCCUGACCUGUGGCUCUUUAAUUCUGACAACUACGAAGUAUCAAGAAAUACCACCGAAUAGAUUAGUGCACAUCCCGUUUAAGUCGGAAACAAGUGUUGUACCUAGUCCUGAGCACGCGAAUGAAUGCACCAGAACAUACUGGAAUUUAACACGAGGUCCACGUCCACACAAACAUGAGUGCCUGUGGGGAUCAGAAGAAGCGCCCCUUUUCUGGCGUAGAAGACGUCCAAGAUUUACCGAUGGCCAAGAGGCGGCUUCGCGAGAAGGGCGAGAAACGGCACAUCGCCGCCCUGAUUCUGGCGAGGGGAGGCAGCAAGGGGAUCCCUCUAAAGAACAUCAAAUUGCUCGCCGGAUGCCCGCUCGUAGGCUGGGUGCUGAGAGCUGCAAUUGACUCCAAAGUAUUUGACAGUGUCUGGGUCUCCACGGAUCACAAGGAAAUUGAGAAAGUGGCAAAGGCGUGGGGCGCCAAGGUCCACCGCCGAAGCCCGGAGGUCUCCAAAGACUCCACCAGCUCCCUGGAAACCAUCCAGGAGUUUGUAUGCCUCAACCCCGAGGUGGACAUCAUCUGCAACAUCCAGGCCACGUCCCCCUGCCUGCACCCCUACCACCUGAAGGAGGCGCUGGAGUGCAUUACCAAGAACGGCUACGAGUCAGUCUUCUCCGUGGUCCGCAGGCACCACUUCCGCUGGCGAGAGGUCAAGACAGGAGGGUGCGCCUGCACGGAGCCCGAGAACCUGAACCCGGCCAAGCGGCCGCGGCGACAGGACUGGGACGGGGAGCUGGUGGAGAACGGCUCCUUCUACUUCUCCGCCCGUCACCUGAUAGAGAAUGGCAUGCUUCAGGGUGGAAAGAUGGCCUACUAUGAAAUGCUCCCAGAGUACAGCGUGGACAUCGACGUGGACAUCGACUGGCCCGUCGCAGAGCAGAGGGUCCUCAGGUACGGCUACUUCGGCAUGGAGAAGCUGGAGGCCAUCAAGCUCCUGCUGUGCAGCGUGUCGGGCUGCCUGACGGACGGGCAGGUGUACAUUUCGGCCAGCGGGGAGGAGAUGGUCUCCGUCAACACCCGGGACGAGACGGGCAUCCGGAUGCUGCAGAGGGAGGGGGUGAAUGUGAUCCUCAUCUCUUCCAGUGAGACCCCCGUGUCCUCCGGCCUGGCGAAGAGGCUGUUCCAGCGGACGGGCUGCAAGCUGAUGAAGCUCGCCGAGGCGGAGAAGCACAUGAAGCGCAAGAAGCUGAAAUGGAAGGAGGUGGCCUACCUGGGCAACGACGAGGCGGACGUGGAGUGUCUGAAGCGGGCGGGGAUGAGCGGGGUGCCCCCGGACGCCCCCGUGGUGGCGCUCAACGCCACCAAGUACACCUGCCGCAGCCCGGCGGGGCGGGGGGCGGUGCGCGAGUUCGCCGAGCACAUCCUGCUGCUGAUAGAGAAGGCCAGGUCCAAGAUGGCGCAGGACAGGAUCUGCAGGGAUCAGUUCUGAGGACUCCUGACGCCCCUCUGCUAAAGGCUGAAGGCUCAUCACAUCUCCUUUGGGCCGUGGGGGUGUGCUCACACAGGGCUCUCUUACGGAAAUGGAAUAUACCACACACACACACCUACACACACACCUACACACCUACACACCUACACACCUACACACCUACACACACACACUGUGUAUUACACAGACACACAAGUAUACAUACACGUAUACAUUUAAAUAGAUGUGCAAUGUUUUAAAAAUAUUAUUUCACAGCGGUGCAUGUAGAAAAAUGUACUACAAUAUCGGAAACUGAAGAUCUUUAUAAGUGCUGCAGUACAACCGGAGUAUAUUUUGGUGCAGUAUCUUCCAUUUCCCUUGGGGCUCAUUCUCACUGAAGGAAUGCACACAUAAAUGACCGUUUGCAAAACUGCACCUUGUUUUAUUCUGAAAGUAUUUUAGUUGAAUGUAGAUCUCUUGACAAUUUAGACCGCAGGCCAACAGACUCUUCAGACUGUUCGCCCCUUGUCUGUAGACUCCGUUAGCCCUGACAGCAGGGAACAGAGUCAGUUCAUGUGAAGAUGUCCAGUCUGAUUACGUCUUUUGCUUGUCUGUGUGUGUGUGUGUGUGUGUGUAUUCGAGACAUUCACCACCAUGACGGCUGUUUGUCAAAAUGAGACUUCGUCUUAAAGGAUAACACUGGUAAUUUAUUUGCUUUCAGUAUCGUCAACAAAUCCUAUGAAAACACCAAAACCAAAAAUGUUUCUGUCCAACUCUCAGUACUUUUUGACAUCUUCCUUCCCCAUUUAAGCAUUCAACCAGGAAAGCCAUUUGUUGUUGCAGUACACUGAAGUCAUUAAAUACAGUUCAGAAAGGCGUAUUUUCAUUUUCAGAAAAUGCAACCUAUAAUCACGAAAAAAACAUGGCCAGUGUAGUUUACCAAAUUUUAUACAAAACGGAGCAAAUUUUUAAUUUCGGUGGGGACUAUUUCACUAUUUUGCUGCUGCACGGAACUACUCUCCAUAUAUAUCGAAAAAGCUAUCGUUCUCACUUUAUAAGGUGGUUCAGUAAAUUUUCAGUGGUUCAGUUCAGGUUCUUUGCAAUGGUGAAUUAUGCAGACCAAAGCAGCAGUAUGCGUCUUUGACUUGUUUUAAUACUUUAUUGAACAACAAUGGAGUUCUAUGACUUCCAGUAUAUUGCCGUUGGCUAGAUGGACAAAUAAUUGUUAGUCGGAUAAAGGCAGUUUGAGGGAAACCGGUCUUUUCAUAGCUGUUGACGAUACCUUUAAACAAAAGCAAGACUUAGGCUCUGACCGGUCCGUUCUGUUCAUUAUACUAAACUGCCUGAACAAAGACCCUUGUUUGCUUAUGUACACUACUGAACACUGAGUGAGUAUGUUGGAGUUUUACUGUGAUAGCAGAUCUUGUUUUCUGUAAUAUUUUACAAAUCAAUCAAAAAAUGUUUCUGUGCUCUUAUCUUUAUUGGUAAUUGGUUGGUACUGGAAAUAGGGAGAAAUUUUAAAAAUGGUUUUAUUUGCUGGUGCAAUGGAGAAAAAACAAUACCGUUGUACUUGCAGUACAUUAUUUUAUUGUAAAAUCAAGUCGGCACACAAGUAACUAAUUUUUAUUUGAAUGUUUAAAUUCAUUUUAAAUAAAUCACUUUACUGGAA